ACAACGCGCUGCCGACCUGUAGAAACGCCCGAAGGCUAACGACCGUGCGUUCAUCAGACUCAUUAUGCGCAAUCUGCAUAAGUUUUUGUUAGUUGGAAAGCGUGCGAAUCUCGAUGAUCACCGGCUAACCCGGUCAGCCUUGGAACUCUUUUUGCAGAAUCAACGCCAAGAUACCUAACAGUGACUCCUAUUCGGCGAGUUAUCGAAUUUCCGAAUGACGGAUUCGAGAGAAACGUCUUGUUCCAUUUUUUUUUAGCAAGACGCACGAGAGCGAUGGAAGAAUUUUUAAUUCUCCUUCCGUAAGGCGACGAUAUCGGUGAAUUACGCAUUCGCAGAAGUAGCAACAAAAGCUAAUUGAUCAGAAGCUAACGUACUGGUAAUUACAUAUUCUCGCGUAUUUCGCCAUGCGGUAAUUUACGCGUACGUUCUUGCUCAACAUUAGGAACGUCGAGGAUUGUCAGUGGAACUGUCCGGAGUUAAUAAACGUUUCGCGACGCGCGCAAGCGGUAUCGGUUACUGUUUUCUUCGUGAUUCCUAUAAAAAGUGCGAAGGUUAAGAGCGACUUUUCCCCGAGCGAUGUAAGUUCGGUUCGUUAUCCGUCCGGGUAUAUAAGGGGCUCGACGGGGCACGCGUACUUUCAGUCUUACGGCCCGCCGGAAUUUGCAAGCGCGCGCGAGCGAGCGAGCUUUGCGAGCCGCGCACACUCGGCUAUCAGGAUACGGUAAAUCACGCAGGUGCGCCCGCCAGCUCCGGAUUAGAGCUGACUUCGGCAAGGAAAGAAGCAAAUACCGACUCCCGACGAAAACCCGUUUCUCUCCCGGUGAAAGUGUCCGCCUUCAAACUCCAUCCGUUCUCCAUCUUCGGCCAGUCCAUUGUUGCGCUGCGGUUCCACGUUCUUUUUUUCUGUUAUCCAUGUUGGCUUGAUUCGAAAUGGCAAACGAGGUCGAUCGUUGGAAGAGAAGAAGCUGCAUCGAUCGACUAGGCAAAUUGGCAUCGAGACGUCUGCCGAUCCUAGCAUGGUUGCCGAAAUACAACUCGGAGAAGUUACUUAGCGAUGCCAUCGCCGGCAUCACGGUCGGUCUUACUGUUAUGCCGCAGGGACUCGCGUACGCGACGUUGGCCGGCUUAGAACCGCAGUAUGGCCUUUACUCGGCAUUCAUGGGAGCAAUAGUUUACGUGAUAUUCGGCUCUUGUAAAGACAUCACAAUUGGUCCCACUGCGCUCAUGGCACUAAUGACUCAUGAUUAUGUGCAAGGGAGAAAUGCUGAUUUCGCCAUUCUCCUCGCAUUCUUAUCUGGCUGCCUGCAAUUGCUAAUGGCAUGCUUACGUUUAGGUGUACUCAUAGACUUCAUCUCUAUACCGGUCACAGUGGGUUUCACGUCGGCAACAUCCGUCAUAAUUGUCGCUUCGCAGCUAAAAGGCUUGCUGGGUCUGAAAAUCUCAUCGCAAGGAUUCCUGGACACCUUGAUCAAAGUCUUUCAGAACAUCUCCGAUGCGAGCCUGUGGGACACUGCGAUGAGUGUCACUUGCAUCGCGGUUCUGCUGUUUUUCAGGAAAAUGAAGGACCUUACACUGUAUUCGGUCGGGAAGAAUUAUCAGCGCGUGAUCGCGAAAACGAUAUGGCUGGUCUCGACGGCGCGGAACGCUAUAGUCGUCAUCGUCUGCUCCGUCAUCGCUUACAAAUACGACUCGUCCGAGUCCGAAUCUCCGUUCAUCCUGACGGGUCCCGUGAGGCCCGGUCUUCCGUCGUUCGGCCUUCCACCGUUCUCCACACGAGUGAACAAUCAGACGCUCAGCUUCACACAGAUGUGUUCCGAAUUGGGUACGUCCAUAGUGCUGGUACCGAUAAUAGCAGUCCUCGGUAACGUGGCUAUAGCCAAAGCGUUCGUGCACGAGGGUAAGGUCGACGCCACUCAAGAACUGCUGACCCUUGGCAUUUGCAACGUGCUCGGAUCCUGCGCGAGCUCUAUGCCGGUCACAGGAUCAUUCAGCAGAUCGGCGGUGAAUCACGCCAGCGGCGUGAAGACUCCGAUGGGCGGGCUGUACACUGGAGUGCUGAUUUUACUGGCGCUCAGCCUACUCACGCCGUAUUUUUACUACAUUCCGAAAGCUUCAUUGUCAGCUGUGAUCAUCUGCGCAGUAAUAUACAUGAUUGAGUACGAAGUCGUGAAGCUGAUGUGGAAAUCCAGCAAGAAAGACCUCAUACCGAUGUUCGUCACGUUUUCGUUCUGCCUUAUCGUCGGCGUAGAGUAUGGUAUCUUGUUGGGAGUCGGGAUAAAUCUGAUGUUUCUGCUGUAUCCCUCAGCAAGGCCUACGAUUCACGUCGACAAGUGCGCAACCGAUCGUGGCGCGGAGUAUUUGCUGGUUACUCCAGGAAACAGCUUAUACUUCCCAGCUGUCGAUUUUAUAAAGCAGUCCGUUGGCAACGCCGGCAUUAAGCAAGGAUCUAGUCAAGUGCCAGUUGUCGUCGACUGCCGAUACAUUUUAGGAGCAGACUUUACGGCUGCCAAGGGUAUAAAAACAUUGAUCGAUGAAUUUAGUAAUCGCAAACAAGGUUUGUACUUUUACAACCCGAGAUCGGACGUCGUGACCGUUUUAAAAGGCGCCUGCGGCGACGAGUUCCAGUACGUCUCGACUCAGGAAGAGCUCUCUUAUUUGUUGUCGACAUCACAAGAUAAAUCUUCGCAACAACUACUCGAUCAAUCACAUGACAAACUACAUGCACCUUUAAUGUUAGGUAAUUCAGAGAUGGUCCACAGAAACGCGCGUGGUUCCUGCCACGAGCUCAGCGAGGUUACCAGCACGCUUUUACACGCUACCGCAAGCUGAAACUGAACCUCGUUCAAACAAUCUUGUUCACGUUUACAGGAAGAAAAACUGAAUUUUAUUAAACAGAAUGUUAUAUAGUUACAAUCUCUUAUUUGACUGAUAUUAAGCACACGAAAUAAUAAAUUAAAAGCGAUGUAGGAAAUAAAGUCAUUUCUUAA